ACAUUGUCGUCCUCAAACCAGUAGGCGCGCGCGUUCACCCUCCCCGCACACCACCCUCCGCCUCCUCCUCCUCCUCCCCCCGGCGUGUCUGAGUCCCCGGUUGCAUGAACGAGUCUCGAUUCACUACAAGCCCGAACUUCUACGGCGCGUCUGUGCCAUACCUCCAGUGAGUGCGCAGCACAGUGUGCAGCAGCAGCAGCAACAGCAGCAGCAGCAGCAGCAGCAUAGGAUGUAAUCAAUCCCACAUGUUUCAUCUCGGCGACGCGGGGAUUUUGCAUGAUUUUUAGGACUUCGUCUGUGAUACUCUUGCUUUUUUUUUUGUUCAGACACCACCGGCCAGACAAGGGAUAUAACUUAGCAGAGAUGACGGGGACUCACUUUCCACCCUGCCAAGCCAAAACUCCGCUCAAUGCGAGCGGAUCUCGAAGUUCAUAAAGGGGAUUAUUUGCAUCUGGGCGCCUGAGACCUUCGGUGCCUCCGGAUUUUACUUGGGAUUUGGGAUUUAUCGCUUCUCGGCCGGAUGGAAAGCCGUGAUUUCACUCCUCCGCACCACCUCCUGACGGAGCGGAGCGCGCUGGUGCACAGCGCCGCGUCUCGGAUGGCGCCAGGCGGCCACAGCGCCGUGCAGCACGCGGCUCACUUCCAGACGGGGAAGUACUACUCAUCCCAUCUCUCCAUGGCUCCGCACUCAGGUGCUUCCUUUAUGGGUUCCUUCCUGUCCAGCAGUUUAGGGUCGCCGGCCUCCCACCCGCCUCACCCAUCGGGACCCGUUUCCUCCCCAUCCUCUCCCUCGUAUCGAACCGGACCCCAUUCCAACGCUUCCCCGAUCUGGUUCCCUCAUUCACACGAAGAAUUCAAGCCGGGGAGCUCCGCCGGGCCCGCUGCCAGCUGGCUGCUGUCCAGAGAGUGGAGUGUGGAGCCAGCACAAAGAGGAGAGACCUGGCCGACACACACUCGCACACAAAAAGGGUACCCCAGCUAUUCAGGAAGUCUUGCCUCCCCCUUUCUUCCCAUGAGUCCGCUGGAUCACCAUAACAACAGUCUGUAUGGACAGCACCGCUUCUAUGAAACUCAAAAAGAUCACUUCUACCUAAGAGGCCUUCCCACCCAGCCCCCUCUUCUCUCCACCAAUCACAGCCUCCCCCCGCUUGUCAGAUCCGCUUCCGGCCACCCGCUCGGCUCCUGCGGCCGAGAGACGGACAGCGCCAGCAAGAGCGCCAGGGACGCGGGCGAGAAGGUUGCCGCGUCCUUAUCAAAGGAGAAAGACAGAUCCAUCAGUAAAGAGCGCCACCAGGACAAUAAAGAAAAACAUCAGCUUCCUCCUCAUCAAACGACUGCUGCCACUCCAUCAAGCAUCCAGCACAAAGCCUACCCGCACCCCUCCCAUGCUCCUCCCAUGCUUCACCUCACUCUCCAAAGCAGGGAGGAGGAUUCCAGACACCUUCUGGAGCGGCACAAGGAGCACAGAGACAACGACAGCCAGGGAGGGAAACAUACCAGUGCCUGCAAACUUUCCAGUGUUUCUGGUGCGGAGACUGUCCCCAGUGAAAAGGGGAGCACGUUGAGCAGCUGUAGCGGGGGCGGGGCAGGGAGAACUCCUUCUGGAGGAAGUAGGCGUUGCUAUAAAGAGCCCAUAAACGGGGAUAUGAGGAUCAGCGACUCUUCCGGCGCUUCCUCGGAAUGUAUACGAAGAGGUACGGCUGCUGCAGCGGCCAUCUUGGCAGCGCCGCACUCUGUGGCCUCCUACUCCAUGCCUCCUCCCCCACCGCCGCCACCCCCAACUCAUAGCUUGCACAUGGGCUCAGCAGUGGUAGGAAGCUGGCUUCACCCGCAUCACCAUCCGCAUCCCGAUUUUUACUGCCACCCGGCGCCUAUUACCGUCGUACCCUCCAAAGAGACGCUUUCUGGAGGGUCCAGCAGGGAGGCUAAAGUCGUAGGCCCGACCUUUGUCCCUUCUGCGGGAGCGCCGGGAGAUCUGGCAACCCCCGAGUGUCGCGCCGGUAGAAAAGGAGAGGACAGAAACGGAGAGGGAUCUUACGAAAGUCCCUCUCAGCACCUCAGUCGCCUUAGCAGUUGCCAGAAGAAGGACAAAUCCCAAACACAUUUGCAGCAGCUGGGAUACGGCAAGGCUGACAAGCCCCCCGACUGGAGCCAACAAACACAGCACUUCCAAAAACACAAUCCCAGUUCCAGCUCUCAGCCUGAGCUGCGAUCCUGCAGCCUGCAAACAGCCUCGUCCCUCCGAGACGUGGAGGUUGUGGAGGAUGUUUGCCGGCCCUCGCUCCCACCAGACGCCCCGGGGACGUACCCCGGGGCUGGACAUUGGUCCACGUCCAAGACUGGCUGUCCUCCUUUUAGGGACUGCACUCAGUCGGAUGGAAGGGCGGGGUCAGCGGUUCAGAGGGAGGGACAAAAAGUCGCCCGCAUACGACACCAGCAGCACCGCAGCCACGGCACGGAAGAAAAGGGAAGAGAUGGCCAGGUGACGACAUCGUGGGGUGCUCAAAGAGGACCACAGGAUGAGCAGAGGAAAGAGUCCCGUCACGCCGGUACACCAGCCUGUAACAAAGACAACAACCAAUCUACUCCGCUAUCCCAUCCCUCGUCGCCAAGCACAGCAGGGGAGGGCAACGCCAUGAAGAACUUGAUGAACUACAGUUCCCAGCAGCCUUUACUGCUGCCCCAGCGGAGCCCCUUUGGGGGCUUGGGGUGCCUCAAGCAAGGCGGGGAGAGAUCAGAGAAGGGGGAGAGAGGAGGAGGCAAAAACAGCGCCGUACAAGACCCACCCAAACAGUCGCUCCCUCCUCGCAGAGGCUCCUCUAACGAGGGAGAGAAGGGCGAUAAAGGCGGGAGGGAGGCUGGCGAGGCGGGAGAGGGGGAGGUAAGGCAGCCUCCGGUGGGUAUUGCAGUAGCGGUGGCCAGGCCCCCCCAUCGCUCUCCAGACAACACCCCUGGACACAGCAGACAGGGCAGAGUGCUGCCCAGCAUGAAAGGGGUGUCCCGACCCAUGUAUCCACUCGGCCGCGAAGCAGAGGAGAGGAAGAGGAUGACAGAGGAUCAGAUGGGUCUUCAUCACCUGGACAGGGACAGAGACUUGAUGAUGAGGGACAGCAAGGAUCGCAUCGAGUUUGCCAGGAUCCACCCUUCGAGUAGUUGCCACGGGGACCUGACCUCUCACCUCUUGGUGCCCGGAGGCGCCAGCCAGUUGGGGGCAGACGCCGCCGCUCACGCCCACCAUCACUGGAUGCACAGAACAGGAAGUCCCUCCCUCUGGAUGGGACAUUCAUAUAGUCUGAACCACGUGGGGAUGAGUGCCAGUUUCCCCCCGGGCUUACCCAGCCCUCUCCAACCUGUGCUUGGCUCGCUCACCCAAGACCCCAGCUCCCCGCUGAUGGUCCUUCCUACGGAGCCUGGACCUCAUCAUCACCUUGACGUUUUAGAGCAAUCGGGUCUGUGGCCUUCUGUCUACGGAGCCCGCGGGGCCCCUCCUCACCUUCAGCAUCAUCCCGUCUACUCCCGCUCCUCAUUCCUACGGCAACAGGAACUCUACGCGCUACAACAGCAUCGGGCCAUGGAGCAUUUGCAGCGCCAUUCCUUGGGACAGCGAAAACACGACGAGCAAGGCGCUCCGUUCGAACACUCGAGAACCUCGUCAUCCUCUUUCACCGCGUCCUCCCAUGUGGCCAAACCCUUCUCGCACACGCCUCCCCCGCCAAAGACGUCGGCGCCGUCGCCGGGGCUGUGUCCCAGCAGCCGUCAGUCGCCGUGCUACCACUCCCCCUCUAGGCGAAGCCACCCGCCCAAUCCCUUGACCCCCGCCCCCAGCCCGGCUGCGGCGGCUCCCCGCUCGCCAGCACUCAGCCCCGCACCAUCGCUCUUACCCAAAGGCUUGGAGAGGACCAGCGACAGGGGAGAGGGGCAGCCACCUCAGGACUACCCGCAAUCCCUCGAGCCUGAUUUGCCACCCGUCUACGCCUUCCCUCCGCUCUGCAUGGGUUUCAAGGCCGGGCCUUCGCCGCCCGAAGCCCGCUUGGCCGAGCAAGCCUCGCAGGAAGUGCGGCUGGCCGAGCCUGACUCAAAGUCUCUCCAGCCUCUUCCCCACAUCCCGCCUCUCACUAAAGAUGAGACCAGGAGGGACAAAGAAGAAGAAGAAGAGGCGGAGGAGCGAGACUGUGAAGUGGUGGAAUCCCACAGUGGACCCACAGAAGAAAAGGGAGAGGAAAGUCAAGGGGGUGGCUUCGCUGUUGCCGAGCAUGAAAAGACCACUCCUGGCCCGCUGCCCCCGUCUUCUGUCCCGAAUCCAGCCGGCCCGGCUGCGAGCGAAGCCCUUCAGCGAGCCCAGAUAUCCAAAGACGAUGAGGAAUGCGGGAAAGAGGAGCUUGCAGGAGACAAAAUGGAGUGCGAAGCAACAGACUGCUGCUCUCUCCCGGGAGAGCCUGCAGAAGAGACAAAAGAGGAGGAAGAUCAGACCAAUCAACAUGAAGAGUUGGUCGUCGACGGUGACGAAGAGAAGCAGAUUGAAAGAAGCGUCGCGGAACCGGAAGUAUCCCAACUUCCUCCUCCAUCCUCGGAUGGGCCUUCUCCAUCUCCCUGUGUCAGCACGGCAGCCCAGCAACAAGGCGCCUACAUGUGGAGCCUGGAGCUUCUCAUCGCCGCCGCCCUGUGCGCCACCCGAGAUGCCUUGCACGCACCAGCACCCGCGGCCCGAGCUCCGAGCCCCCUGGUCCACCACGGCAUGGAGAUCCUGGGGGAACUGGCUGAGCUGGAGAUUGAGCAGCGGAGUCUGGAGAGCAAAGAGAACCAAGAUGAAGGUGAGCGUAUGCUGACCUUUGACCUGCACAGUCUGGCAACGCUGGCGGCCGCCCGGGCCUUGGAGAUGGGGGAAGGGGCUCGUCACGGCGGAGCCGAGCAACGAUGUCAAAUUAGGGAAAGGCUGAAUUUGCGCAGGAAGUACAACUGGACGCCUCGCCAUGAGCCGGUGUGUCCAGCGAAGGGCUCCAUGGAGACGAUGGGAGGGGAGGAGCUGGCCAUGCGUGUCCAGUUGGCCGAGCUACAGCGCCGCUACAAAGAGAAACAGAGAGAAUUGGCCAAGCUUCAGAGGAAACACGACCACCAGAAAGAGGAGACGUCCCGCAGCCCUGCCCGCAGGGGGCCAGGCCGGCCCCGUAAGCGCAAGUCUACCCCCGGUGCGUCGGCUCCAGACGCCUCCAAAAGACUCAGGGCUGGUGUUAAUUUGCAGGAUGAAGAAAGAGUCAGGAGGAAGCAUGACUUCAGCAGCCUCAGCGCCACACAGUUGAAAGCCAGCUGCAAGCACAGAGGUCGGCCCAGCGCUCUGAGCUCCAGGCUGGCCAGACGCGAAAGCCAGCUGAAGCAGAAGGCCGCGGCCCAGCGCGCCGCAUCCUCGGCCAACGCGCCGCACUGCCGAGCCGCCGGUGGUGCGGAAGACGGACCAAGGAGUCACAGCGGACACGGAGGAGCAGACUCACAACAGGAGUGGGAGGCCAGUCAGAUGGUUAAGAGAAAGCGGGGUCGCAAACCAAAGGCGUUGAUGAGCCCCGACCCAAACCGAGCGCCCGGCUCGACCCGCACCUCUGAGAAGCAGGAAGUCAGGGAAAGGAGUGACAGCGAGAGCUCGGGCCAUGAAGACGAGGAGGACUGCAGCUGCGACAGCAACGAGGGAGCCAAUGACAUCGGGAUUAGCUCAUCCGCCAAAGAAGCUGCCGUAAACGCCGGCGGCUCUUUUUCGGCCCAGUCGUCGAGGCUCCACUCAAACCACAAAAACAGUGUUAAGAAACCGGGAGCUCCAGGAAACGUGGUUAUCUCGGAGCAGACAAAGACCCACAGGAAACAAUGCCUGGCCGAUUGCAAAAGUGAACGGCACCGUGGUUUGAGAAGAGCUGCUCUUCCCAACUGGGCGGCCUCUUCACUGGGCUGCCCUUUUGGAGACGGCCAUGGAGCUCUGCAAGACGACACCAAAUAUUGCAAGGAAGCCACCAGGAGAGACUUAGACAUGCACAGUCUUCUGGGAAAGGCUCAGGGUCACGCGGUCAGCCGACUCCUGCAGAGCUUCACGGCCGACGAUGGCUUUCGCCUGGAGGAAGAGAGCAGCUUCUCUGAGGGAGAGGAGGAAGAGGAGGAGGAGGAAGAGGAGGAAGAUCAGACAGCGUUGCACCUUCCUCCCAAAAUGCCUUGCAAAAUACCCGCCUUGCCCAACUGUGUGCUCAGCAAAGAGAUGCUCGUCGACGGCCUGAAGAUUUUAAUUUCCAAGGAGGACGAGUUGCUCUACGCAGCCCUGGUGCAAACUCUGGACCUACCUGAUAUCUUUAGUGUUGUCAUAGAAGGGGAGCGCGGGAAUCGCCCCCGGAUUUAUUCACUGGAACAAAUCCUACAAGAAGCUGUUCUGGAUGUGCGGCCCCAGACUGAGGCCAUCUUGGCAGCGGGGACGCGAGUUUGUGCCUACUGGAGUGAACGCUCACGGUGCCUUUACCCCGGUUAUGUCCACCGAGGGGGCACAGGCGACGAGAAGGAGGGAAGCGUGAUGGUGGAGUUUGACGACGGGGACCGAGGACGCAUUACACUCGCCAACAUCAGACUCCUCCCACCUGGAUACCAAAUCUGCUGUGCGGAACCGUCACCGGCGCUUCUGGUCACACCGGGCCGGCGAUAUCGCCGCAGCUCUACACAGGAGAAGAAGGACAUGGCCACAGCCAAUGAGGAGCCAGCAGGGAAGGCCCAAGAGAAGAGACCAGUUGGCAGGCCCAAGAAAAUCCACUCCGUUCCUAAGACUGCCAGCGCAGCCGAGUCGGAGUCUCGGACCAGAGGCAACGCUUCCUUGGUGAGCUGGUCCGCCGCGCCCAGGAAAAGACCCCCGGUGGACUUCUUCCUCUUCAACGGGACUUCCCGUAAGACGCAGAAGAGAUUUCGAGAGCGAGACGUGGGCCUGUUUGAUCGCCCUGCCUCCCACCCGCUCACUUCCACAAGCCCGCUCAGAGGCAUCUUUGGAUCCCCUUUUGCGGUUGACUCUUUUAGUAGCAUUGCUAACGGCUACUCCGCCUUUGGUAGCGGCGGGAACUCCGGAUCGGCGCGACACGCCCACACGGGCUCUUCCUCUGGGCCCCGGGACAUCUCAGCUUGCUCCUCAGUCGUCGCCGCGACGAUAGCAGCAGGGAGCAAGAAGCCGCUUAGUGAUCGAGACAGAAAACAGUUCCUGGUGAAGCUCGAUCACGAAGGGGUGACCUCGCCGAAAACAAAGAACAGCAAGGCUCUACUUCGACUCGGAAAUGGAAGCAAAGGAGGUCAAACUUUGUCCUCUGCGGGUGCUCCGCCCCGAUACGUUCACCCCGCCAUGCUGGUGAAGGACGCAAAGAAGGGAGGAAGCGAUCGAGAGAACCGGCCGGACCCUCUUCAGAAAGAUCUACCGGCUAGCAGCCACGGGGGCCAAACUGCAGAAUACGCUUUGGACUACCACAGUGACGGCCCGAGUUCGUACUCUGAGCUGGAUGAGGAUGAGGAUGACGAAGACGGCGGUCGAGGUGCCAGGGCGCGAAGAAGAGGAAGAGCGGCCGCGUCCCAUCGUAGCAGCCGCUUUCUGUCUCGUCUCUCAGUCUGCUCCUCCUCCUCCUCCUCGUCAUCGUCUUCCUCCAGCUCCGUAUCCUCCUCGUCCCUUUGUUCCUCAGACAACGAUUCCUCCUACUCGUCCGACGAAGAGUCGUCGUCGGUUCUCCUGCGUCGCGCACUGCUCCAGCAGGACAAACACAAACACAGACAGAACCUGAGCUCAGAGUCGAGCAACGCCACCCCUCCCGCCACGGUAGCGGCUCUCCCCUAUGUGGCCAAGGCCGGAAUGACCCACUCCGGGUCAAAGGGGAGGACAGACGACAGGACCGAGUACAUUUCCAAAGGAAGCGUGGUGACAAACAGUAGUGCAACCAAGACCCAGUUAAAAAGAAAGGACGGAGUUGCAAAUAGCCACCAUCAAGGUCCGAGUGGUCCUCCACCUUCCUCCAAGGACCCGACGGCACCUAAAAGGCAGAGGAUGUCCUCGCCUGAGCCUCAAGGCAGCGUAACUCCACUGCUGCCUGGACGCCAGCUGUGGAAAUGGUCCGGUAACCCGACACAGAGGAGAGGUCUGAAGGGCAAAGCCCGCAAGCUCUUCUACAAGGCCAUCGUGCGCGGCAAGGAGACCGUGCGGGUCGGAGAUUGCGCCGUGUUUCUGUCGCCCGGGCGGCCCCAGCUGCCUUACGUCGGCAGGGUGGAGAGCCUGUGGGAGUCGUGGAGCUCCAGCAUGGUGGUUAGGGUCAAGUGGUUCUACCACCCGGAGGAGACUCGCCUGGGCAAGCGACACUGCGACGGCAAGAAUGCCUUGUACCAGUCCAGUCACGAGGACGAGAACGACGUCCAGACCAUCUCGCAUCGCUGUCAGGUGGUCGGCAGGUCCGAAUACGAUCACAUGAUCCGCGAGCACAAGUCCGGCGCCACGGCCAACGAUCUUUUUUACCUGGCCGGCACGUACGAGCCCACCACCGGCCAACUGAUUGGUGCCGACGGCACGGCGAUCGUAUCCUAGCGUUCGUAGCGAGCGUGACCAAAGCUGUUCGGCCAACCGCUUCCCGAUGCGGCGGGGCGGGGCGGGGCGGGGCCAACGGGAUAUAUCUCUGCUGGAUCACGAGACGGAGGAAACUCACAGGAAGCCACAACUCGUUUUGGGAAGGUUGGAAAGGUCACUUACUGCUUUUCUUCUUAACAGGACCAAAAAAACAAAAACAAUGGAGCCUCCAGGUGUCAUUUUGGACUGUGCGCACGAGCUGAUUGGUCAAGCCAAGAUGAUGUCAUGUCACACCUACAAAUGUUUUGCCCCUCUCAAGCCAUACACAUCAAUACCUCUCUUGCAUCUUUGUAUUCGGAUGCGAAGACACGUACAGGUAGUCGGAUUGCUUUUUUUUUUUUUCCUUCUUCAAACGUGUGCUUGGGUGAGUGAUUGGCUUAAAGUGGCCUCGUGUGGAUGUAUAAUAAUGUAAAUAUUAUACAUAGAUAUUUGUAUAAUAUUUCUUUGCAGCCGAGAUGGUUUUAUAUCAACGGCUUUGUGGAUGGGGAGGAGGUUGGAUUAUGAAUGCACUGAACAAAAUCACAGAUGAGGUCAAAAUGUACGCCCGGCGUGGCUGGCAGCCCCAUUUCGGGGGUUAAUCCAUUUCCUGUCGGACUCUUACUGGACAAGAAACCAAGUUUCUGCUUUUCACUGAUCCGGAAAGAAUCCAGUCAGACGUAAAUGUAAAUAUUUAUCCGACGUCUAAAAUAUACCAAAGCACCCGCGUGUUUACACUUCCAUCACAUUACAAGAUAAUUUUAUGAGAUUGAUUAAAAAAAAAAAGAAAAAAGUUCAAUCAAAUCUGAAACCGGGACCCCUGCAAUCAAUCACCGAGGUAUUUGAAGUAGAGUUCCUCUCGUCUCAGUGUUGCUAUGACAGCCUCGGAGAGACGUCGCGGCGAUAUUGUCUGCACACUGCCCAGCUGAUGCACUUGAGGUCUCUAUGACAACCAGAAUGGCAUCACGUGACUGUGAAGGACAAUCAGCGCCAAUCAAUGGGACAAUGUUGAGAGACAAAAAAAAAAAAAAACGGAUCAAAUCGCAAAUGAUGCUUCUUGUCACUUUUAUUCCUGCUUUGCCAAAAAAAUGUGCCGUGUGUGCGCCGGUUUUCUUAGUUCACCGUGGUCUUACCGUUUAUGCAAGCCUGUGAUGACUGUUGUAUAGGAUGUACAGGGGGGGAGAACACAAAUGCCUUUUUCUUUUUAGGGCUUUGACUAACUUUUGACGACUACGUUGGCAACAAACACUUUUUUGACAUGUGAAACUUUUGUAAAAAAAAAAAAAAAAAAGAUAAACACUGGAUUUACUU